GCUCAAACUCGCCUUUUCUCCAAACCUCUCUCGGACUAAAAAAAUACCAAACCAGAAGAAUCACGAACAGAAAAUCGCCGCAAUUCCUGCGACUGAAAAUCCAGAGAACGGAGAUAUUUUGAGAGGAAGGAAAACGAAAGCUAGGGUUUUACAGAGGAACGAUAAUUUCUGGGAACUAGAUUCGUGGCGCAUGUCUCUUGAGAACGCUGAGAGAAACCAGAACAUGAUGGCCAUUGCACAGACUUCCGGCAACCCUUCUCUACUUAUGAAUUACACCAGAAAGAGGAAAUCUAGAGGUAGAAGGGAUGGAUCUAAAGAUGUUGCAGAGACACUGGCGAAAUGGAAAGAGUAUAACGAGACGCUGGAUUCCACUGCACGUAAAGUCCCGGCAAAGGGAUCCAAGAAGGGGUGCAUGAAGGGCAAAGGCGGCCCAGAAAACUCUCACUGUAAGUACAGAGGAGUCAGGCAGCGAACAUGGGGAAAAUGGGUGGCUGAGAUUCGAGAGCCCAACAGGGGCAGCCGGCUUUGGCUAGGCACUUUCGAAACAGCCAUUGAAGCUGCCCAAGCGUAUGAUGAAGCCGCGAAGGCAAUGUACGGUCCAUGUGCACGUCUCAAUCUUCCAAAUGAUACCUUAUCAAAAGACUCAAUUUCAGAAUCUUGUUCACCGCCUGCGACAUCUGCAUCCAACUCCACCAUGGCCUCUGGGCUCUCUGAUGUGGAUUCGGCUAACAACAAAUCACAGUCUCUCAUGAAUGCUGAGCAAAAGUUAAAACAUGAAAGUGAGAGUUGCAUAUCUGGGAUUCAUCCAACCAGAGCAAAAGAAGAACUUGCUAGUGUUGAUUAUAAUCAAGGGAAGGAUAUUCUUGAUGAUCUCACAUGGGAUGAAGUGUUUGAUGUGGAAGAGCUGCUCGGUGUUUUAGAUACUACUCCCUUGAUGAAUGCAAGUAAUAAUAUGGGCGGGCAAGGAGGGUAUAAGUGUGAUCAACCUACAAAUUUCCUGCCAGGUGAUCUCCAGCAGCACGUUUUGACCGGAGGUGAUAAUGGGCUGGGCUUGUUGCAACCAGGGAGGCAAGAGGAUCUCAACUUCUCCAUCGAUGACCUGGGCUUUUUUGAGUUAGAUACCCAGUGGGGCAUCCUUUGAAGAUGGUCAAUAGACAGAAGUAGUUUGAACUUUUUUGCAGUGUUUCAAGUCUCUGGGUCAAGUAGACUUGGGUUAAUAAGAUAUGAAAUAUAUGUAAAGAUGUUUGUUUCCCAACUAACACUACCUGAGCUGAUUCUCUUGAUGUUUUUGGAGUUGGAGAACAGACCAGUGAAAAGAUGGUUCUUUUUGUAUAUACACUAACUGACCUUAUUUCAUUAGUUUUAAUUGAUAAUUGAUAUUUACUGCUAACAAUCUGAACUUUGAGGAAUUGUAUAUUGUUUUUUAGGGAUUAUACUCUGGUACGGUAUAUUAGGUGGGAGUUAUAUUACUGUGAUUCUUAUCAUCUAUGUUGUUGAAAGCAACAUAACCAUUUUCAGUAAAUUGAAUCGUGCAUCUUGGACGUUAUAGGUAUUUUACGUGUCUUUAGUUUAAAU